AUUUCUUGUUCUGGUGGUCUCAAAGUAGUUGUCGGUGGACAACCGUUCCCCUGUCAAUCAGGUGUGGCAAGAAUUCAAACGAAGCAGAUUACUGGGGAGGCUAUCUGUCCACCACCAAAUGAAGUUUGUGGAGUAAGAAACAUUUACAUGGGAAAUUAUACUAUUAUAUUAUACUAUGUCUAG